AUGGCAGACGCCCAAGUAAAAGUCGCCUUAGUAACAGGUGGAGCCAGUGGCAUAGGACUUGCUGUGGUCCAGGCUUUGUCCGCACGAGGAGGUUGGCAGAUCCACAUCGUCGACAUCAAAGAGAACCCUGGCGAGCUGCCCCCAACAUGCUUUUACCACAGAGCGGAUACAACCGCGUACAAUGACCUGGCCGACGCAUUCAGAGCUGCUUUUGAAGAAGGUGGUAAACGCCUCGACUUCCUCUUCGCUAACGCUGGCAUCUUCGAGCGGGGCAACUGGUAUUCCCCGUCGGAUUCGGCGGGCGAACCGCCGCCCGAGCCGGACUGGUCCGCUUUGGAGACGAACCUUAAGGGUUGUAUGAAUACAGUCCGCAUUGGGAGAUACUAUAUGGCGCAGUCUCCUCGACCUGAUAAGGGCUCAAUCGUCGUGACUGGUAGCGUCGCUGGAAUCUGGCCGAGUUAUUUCUCUCCUAUGUAUACCGCUUCAAAGCAUGGCGUCGUAGGUUUCAUGCGGAGCGUCGCCGAGUCGUAUUAUACCUUCGACAACAUCCGCAUCAAUGCGCUAUGCCCAAGCAUCGUCCGAACGGAGAUUCUCCCGGAUGAAGUCUGGGACAAGCUUCCAAAAGACGCAUUCACACCGUUAGAGAUCAUCACAAAGGUGGUUCUCAUGUUCAUCGAUGGCGAGAUUAUUACGGACUCGAGAGACAAGACGGCCAGCAAAGUUUAUGGCCAGACGGUGGUGCCGAGUAGCAACAGAUUUUAUUUGAAUGAGGUGCCGGACUAUUGCGAUGAAAUUCAUCGCGCUUUGACUGAGGGGACACAUGUAGCUCAUAUGGGUGAUGCUCUGGAGCGAAAAGAAACGCUGUAG